CUCCUCCUCCUCCUCCUCCUCCUCACUCACUCAUCUCUACCAUGCCUCGCCGACUGCAGUUCCAGUCCGGCAGAGACCCGCUGCACGCCCAUACCGGCCUGAACCUGCGACCAGAGCAUGUCUCGGGCCCCGUCUCGUUCCUGAACCCGACGCGCGCGCGCUACGCCGCGGCGCCCGAGCAGAUCGUCACGCCCAAACCGGCCCAGAUCGAGCAUAUCUGGCGGUCGCGCGACAACCGCAAGGGCCGCCAUCUGCUCCAAGUCGACUACGCUCUACCCAGGGGCACGGAGUACGCUCUCCCCCCCCGGACGGCGACGUUACAUGCCACCGCCCAAGGCCUGCUGCGCAUGGCCACCCGCUGUCCCUACUGGGACGUGUCGUACCUGGUCGCCACGGUGUUCACGGCGGGCUCGGUCGUCUGGGUGAUCAAUGCCUUCUUCGCCUGGCUGCCGCUGCAGGACCCCUCGACGACGUUUCCCGGCGAGUCGUUGGUGGGAGGCGGGGUCACGGCGUUUAUCGGCGCGACCAUCUUCGAAGUCGGCAGCCUGCUGCUCCUGCUGGAAGCCGUCAACGAGAACCAGACGGGCUGUUUUGGCUGGGCGCUCGAGACGGUCUUGCGCCGUGUCGAGGAGGGAGGGGAAGAGCGUCCUGUCACCGAGCUGCGUCCGUCGGAUGAGGAAUGCGCCCAUCAUCAUACCGAUUCUCGCUCGCUGGUCGGCCAGCACAAAGAACACGACAGGGAUAACCAUGGAGGGAGGAGGAGGAGGAGUGGCAGCACAAAGAACGGCAAGAGGAGAAAGUCGCCCAUGCGCGAGAGCCUCGAAGACGUGCUGGAGAACGGGGUGACGACGCGGGCGCGCGACGGCCGAGCCUUCAACUGGAUCCCCUCGUGGAAGGAGAUCCGCUCGCACUACAUGCACGAGCUGGGCUUCCAGGCCUCCUUCAUCCAGUUCGUCGGCGCCAGCAUCUUCUGGAUCGCAGGCCUGACCGGUCUGCCCGGGAUCAUCAACCACAUGGACACGGGCGUCGAGGACGCCCUGUACUGGACUCCCCAGAUCGUCGGCGGCUUCUGCUUCGUCGCCAGCGGCCUCUUGUUCACCCUCGAGACCCAGGACGAGUGGUACCGGCCCGCCCCGCGCGUCCUGGGCUGGCAUAUCGGCGCCUGGAACUUCAUCGGCGGCAUCGGCUUCACCCUCUGCGGCGCCCUGGGGCCUGCCUCGGCCGCCAACUCGGGCGUCGCCUACCAGACCUCCCUCGCCACCUUUUGGGGCUCCUGGGCCUUCUUGAUCGGUUCUACCAUCCAGUGGUACGAGAGUCUGCAGAAGCAUCCCGUCGAGGCGAAAAGUACUUCACCUUGAAUCACUCUUCUCGAGACACACAUCAUGAUUUCACAUCCAUCCUCUUUGUAUAUAAGCAUAUCUGGCAUAUGACUUGCAUGAAUCAGGUGCAUAAUAAACCUGAUGAAUCCACCAUCCCUAUUACUUUCUAUAUAAAUAUAUCUACUACUGCUUCUUUUUAUUCAUGGACAAGGACCCAGGUAAUCCUUGUCGCGCACUCCAGGGCAGCCUUAUAGCGUAGUCGAUCGCCAGUGCACUCCAUCGUCACUCUGGAACACUCGGGCGGGU